AGUGAGUACUCAUAAACGAAAGAGGAAACGACUGUUGGGGAAAUCCUGCUCCAGGUUUUCAGGCAGCCCGUAUGAUUGACAUAUGAUAUCACUGGAGGCGUGUCCUGGAGUGGAGGUGGAGGUGGAGGCGAAGAGCUGAAAUUCUGCGGAGCCGGAGUGGGAUUGCUCUGUAAGGCACUGAGUGGUUUGCAGAGUGAUAGCUGCAGACAGAACUCCCUGCCCUGGAUAAGGAGCAGCUACAGUCGCUGUAAAUGUGCCUGAAAAGCAAUUUCCAAUCUUUGCGUUAGCAGGCAUUUCGGCCGUGGAAGAGGAGGGUCGGAGGACUGGGAGUGAGCGCUGCCCGGGAGACGCUGACUGCCAGCACCGGAGUUCCCGGGGACGCCGUCCCCCCACUUGCCCGGCGUGCGGGUUCGGGCAAGUGCCUGGAGCUGCGCGGGGGCCAAGGGACUUCGCCCCGCCUCCUCCCUGGAGGAAAACCCCCAAACCUCGCUGCCUCAAAAAGCCGGUAAAAAAAAAAAAAAAAAAAAUCCAACCCCCCACCCCCCCCAACCCGCGGAGAGCGGCGGCUCGGCCUCGCAGGCGUGUGCUCCCGCUGGCCUGCGCGGCUCCGUGACCCGCCCGGGGACGCCGGUUCGAGCCCCGUCCCGGGCGCCGCGGAGCCUCGAACGUCCGUGACGUGGAUUUUCACGCGUCAGGAGGCCGCCACUCCCGCCUUUCCCGUGAGGAGCGACUGGAACCCGAGAAGAACUCUGGUCCGAGCACGCACUCUUAUCCCCGCCGCUCCCUCGCUCGCUUUCCGGAGAGACCCGGAGAGCCCUCCCGAAGGGAAUUUUUUUCUGGCUCUCGGAGGGGGCUGCAGGAGAAGAGCCCCGGAGGUGGAUGUUACUGAGCUGCGCGGCGCACGCGAGCUGUGAGGAGUCUGCGCCCGGCCGCGCGGAGUCUCCGGAGGAUUGUCCCCCGCAGCCGGAAGGGGGCCGCGGGGAGCGCUCCUGCCCGGCGGGGGCGGUGGAGGCCGCGGGCCGACCGGCCGCAGCUCGGGCCAUGCCUCCCCGUUCUCCUCGCCGCGGUUGAUGCGGGGCGUGCACGCAGCCGCCCGCACCGGGACCCGGGCCGGGUUGCACGGCUUUGCCCCCCGCCCCCGCUUCGGCCUAGGAUUUCAGAUGCAUGCCAGGUUUCCACUGAUUGCCAGAAUUCAAGAUCACUACACAUGGAUCCCCAAAAUCAACAUGGCAGUGGCAGUUCUUUAGUUGUUACCCAGCAGCCUGCUUUGGACAACCGUCAGAGAUUAGACUAUGAGAGGGAGAUUCAGCCUGCUGCUAUUUUGUCCUUAGACCAGAUCAAGGCCGUCAGAGGCAGCAAUGAGUACACAGAAGGGCCAUCAGUGGUGAAAAGACCUGCUCUUCGAACAGCACCAAGACAAGAAAAGCAUGAAAGGACUCAUGAAAUCAUACCAAUUAAUGUGAAUAAUCACUAUGAGCAUAGACCUACCAGCCACCUGGGACACGCAGGACUCUCACAUAGUACCAGGGGCCCCAUACUGAGCAGGUCAACCAGCACUGGGAGUGCAGCCAGUUCUGGGAGCAACAGCAGUGCCUCUUCUGAGCAGGGGCUGUUGGGAAGGUCCCCACCAGCCAGGCCAGUGUCUGCUCACAGGUCUGAAAGGGCAGUCCGGACCCAGCCCAAGCAGCUGAUUGUGGAUGACUUAAAGGGUUCCUUGAAAGAGGACCUGACACAGCACAAGUUCAUUUGUGAACAGUGUGGGAAGUGCAAGUGCGGAGAAUGCACAGCUCCCAGGACCCUGCCGUCCUGUCUGGCCUGUAACCGGCAGUGCCUUUGCUCUGCUGAGAGCAUGGUGGAGUAUGGAACUUGCAUGUGCUUGGUCAAGGGCAUCUUCUACCACUGCUCCAAUGACGACGAAGGGGAUUCUUACUCGGAUAAUCCUUGCUCCUGUUCACAGUCACACUGCUGCUCUAGGUACCUGUGUAUGGGAGCCAUGUCUCUGUUUUUACCUUGCCUACUCUGUUACCCUCCUGCUAAGGGAUGCCUGAAGCUGUGCAGGGGGUGUUAUGACUGGAUCCACCGCCCAGGGUGCAGAUGUAAGAACUCCAACACGGUCUAUUGUAAGCUGGAGAGCUGCCCCUCCCGGGGUCAGGGUAAACCAUCAUGAUUUUUGGAGGUGGGUUGGACCUCCUGAACUUCUGGCUUCCAAGCUGUGGCUGUUACGAAAAGAUCCUGUUAGAUACUGGUUUUAUUUUCUUUGCAGUUUUUCCCUGUUUCCCACGUUCUCUCCCCCUCUUCCCAAGGUUUGACUCAUGGAUUUUACUCUAUGGAUGAUCUUCAGUAACAGUGAACUGUGAAACUGCACCUGGCUCCCCCUUAGGACAAGAGCCUCUGCCAUCCACUCGAGAGGAUAUUGAGAGCCAGUGGGCUUUUGUGUAGCCUUUUUGUUCUGCAAGCAACUUUCCAAAGUUGUACACAUGAACAUACCCACACACACACCCAGACUACAGUGAUUUAGAGCUGUUUUUGAUUGGGUACUCUGGGAGCAGGGAAAUUGGUUUUUUAAAGAGGCAACCAUUUAAUUGCUUAAAUAAGCUACGUAUUCAGUCUGUCUCCAAUUAGGGCUCUCUUCAUAGCAUUGGACCCUUAAAUAGCAAGGGGGAUAUGUUUCUGUUAUAACGUUAAAAUUCUCCUUUAACCACUGCCCUCUCCUUGCCCCUCAACGUUCUCUCCCCUCAGUUUUGGCAUUAUCUUACUCUAGAGAUGCCAGUUUUGUUUUUUGGGUUUUUUUCCCGUGUAAUUUUAGAUCCGCUUUACAAUGUAAAUCUUCACAUUGGAGAUAUAUUAGUUGUAUCUUGCUCAUCCUCGUUCAAAGCUUUCAUAUUUGUGAAGGACUCAACUCCCUUCCUUCCGUACCCCACGCUUUUCACCAAAUUACUCUUGUCACUGAGGGCACUUGGAUGACUGAAGUUGAUAUUUAUAGCUGAUCGAUCUAUACAUGUCACAGAACUAUGCUGCCUAAAGUGAUCUUGGCUCCUUAAUGGUUUUUGGACCCUUGGUUAGUUAACAGCUGAGUAGUUCUAAUCUUUUCUGUUUUCAUUGCCUUAACCACAAAUUGUGGUGCUUUUUGUAUAUUUUAUGUAUAAAUCACAAAGUUGAAUUCUGACUAUUUUUAAGACAAAAGUCUGUUAAACUUUUUUAUUGUAAAGAAUAUUUAUUAUGCGAAUCUAUUUUAUGAUAUUUAUUGCAAAAACUGUUGAAAUGUACUCAUGUCUGAAUAUAACAAAAUAUCAAUACAUAACGGAAAAUAAGGUGACACGAAGAAAGUACAUAUGUUAACUAUAAUGCAGAAAAUAUAUUAAUUAAUGAACCUGU